CGAAUUGAAGCUUUCGGUGUUAUGCCUGUGUUAAGCAAAGAGCAUAUAAUCACUACGUUUUAGUGUUAAGUUUGAAAUUCAGUAUUUAAACGACACGCAAUAUGAUACACAGUGUAUAAUGUUUAGUUAUUAAGUAUCCGCUUUAUAAAACUACUGAAAUGGUGGUGAAUGCCCCAGAAUCGCCUAUACAGGCGGAGUUGAUAUUCGUCAUCGAGGCUACCUCAACAAAUGGGGCAUAUAUAAGCGAAUUAAAAACGAAUUAUAUUAUACCUACUCUCGAGUAUUUCCACGGAGGCGCGCUAGAAGAGGGCGGAGGAAAUGGCUCCGUGUAUGGCAUUGUAACAUAUCAGGCAGCAGACAACUUGCUGGCUCUGCCGGUGAACACUUUUGGUCCAUUCACAUGCCCGCAAACAGUUAUAGAAACAAUUGAUAAGAUACAGUUUAUAGGAGGGCAAGCUGAAAGCCGAGCUUGCAUCACUGAGGCACUGGUUGCAGCCGCUGCAUGUUUCGAGGAGCUCGGACGGACAGAUGUGUCGAGACAUGUGCUGUUGUUGUGUUGUUCACCCCCUUACUCGGCUUACGCUGGAGGAUUGGUGCCACCGGGUGCUCCGGGAACCAUAGAGCUGGCAGCACGACUCCUAGGCACCAGUGGGGCACAGCUGUCCAUAGCCGCGGCCCGGAGACUCCCAGCACUCUUGAAGCUGUAUGAAAAUGCAGGUGGUGACACCCACCAUGCUCAGCUAAGGAAUUAUGCUAAGGACCCCCGGCACCUAGUAUUACUCCGAGGCUACAGUCUAAAGGAGCGCCCUCCGAGCCCCGCGCCGCCGCCCGCGCCAGAGGCGCCCCCAGACAUAUACGGGCAAGGCCGAGGGGCUCCAGCGGCGGCGCCGCGGCCCCAGCAGUUCCGACCGACGGCCGCCGUGCGCCCCAACACGGGCUGGUUGCCCCCGCCACGGAACCCCUUAUACGACAACUCGGCGCUAGUCAGGCAGCUAACGCAGCCCUCAUAUCCACCUCCACAGCCCGGUAUCCAACGCAUGCCGGGCAUGAUGGCAGCGGGCCCAUCCACCGGGGCGGCACCAACUCCACAACGGACUUACAUAUGGAGUGGCGUGUUGGAGUGGAUGGAGAAAGGCAAGAACCCUGGCGACCAGCAGAAGGUUACCAAGCAUCUUCCAUGCCAAGUAUCAGCCAACUCAAAGGACAUAGAGCCAGAGCUGAAGGUGGACACGUGGCCCAACAAGCUUCUGAUGCAGCUGAUGCCAAAACAGCUGAUCAGCAACAUCGGAGGGCAGUAUCUCAAGGAUAGCAAGUCUGUGCUGUUCCAUCUCCAGCAAAACGAGGCUUUGGAAGCGCUUACCAAAGUCAUGGUCAACGGAUUUGCCGGUUGCGUCCACUUCUCGCCGAUGUCUUCCCCGCCGCAAUGUGACAUCAAGGUGUUGAUCCUACUGUACACGCCUGACAAGAAAGCUUAUCUAGGCUUCAUACCUAACAACCAGGCUACGUUCGUCGAUCGAUUACGAAAGGUGAUUCAGCAACAGAAGAUGACGCAGAUCAUCAAGCAGAUGCCUCCGGCCGCCAGCGCGGCGCCCAUGCCCGGCGCCAUGCCCACGGCCACCAUGGCGGGUGCAGGGACAAUGCAGCCCACAAUGUCGUCAGCGGGCAUAUCAGCGCCCGGCAUGAGCGGCAUGGGCGGCAUGGGCGGCGGCAUGGCGGCCGGCAUGAGCGCCAUGCCGCCGCUCGGCCCGCAGGCGCCCAGCCCGCAGGGCAUCGUGCAGCAGAUGCAUCCGCAGGGCAUGAUGGGAAUGGGCGGUAACAUGGGCGGGCAAGUACCCCAGCAGCAGCAACAAGCGCCCGGCGGCAAAGGUCCCCGACCCUCACAGCUGGACGGGCUGGAAGCCGCCCGCCAGCAGAACCUGGAGAAGAUACAACAGCUGCAACAGACUUUAGAAGCUGCGCAUCAACAGGAGGCGCAAUUCAAGAGCCAGUUGUUCGGUCGACAGAUGGACAUCAUGUCGCACCUGCAAGCCGCGCAGCAGCAGGAACAGCACUACAAGCAGCUGGAGGAGCAACGUAAGCACCAGCAGCAGCUCCAACUUCAGCAGCAGCUUCAGCGGGGAACCGGGGCUGUUCCUCGCAUCAUGCGGCCCAUGAUGCCUUCCAACCCUGGACUUAGGCAUCUUCUUCAGCAGCAACAACAACAGCCCCGCGGCGGGCGCCCACACAUGUGAACGCGGCCUUAUCCACGCCUGCCAACAACCGCAGUACAGACCGAGCGGCGCGCGCGCAGCGCCACCGCAGCAGUUCGAUGACGUCAACAAUUACAACGACUUCAUAUAGACAAAAGAGAUUAAAGGCAAUAUUGCACCAAGCCCUCUGUCACGAUUAAGGGCGUCCGCUUGCGUGGGCGGGUGCCUGGGCGGAUGCACAAAGCGGGUGCACGCACGCGGGUGCCAUUAUAGGUAAAAUCCGUCGCAUGCUUCCGCGCCAGUUAGCAACGCUCAUAUUCAGGGCUCGUACGUCAUGCCGUUGAGGCAAAAAUGACGUCACGCUACAAAGAGUAUGAUUCUAAUUCGUUUUUUUUUAUUGGUUCACCAACAAUUGCUUACACUUUGUUAGAUAUAAAUACAAACGACUUGACUAUUAACGCUAAGCGUAACAAUACUUAUAGAUAAACACCACAUGCAUGAAUAUAGAGUUUUUUUUAUUAACCUCUUUAGUUAACUGAUUACUUUAGUUUGCUGCUUAGUUUGGUAUAGUUUACUUGACAAUCAGUAUAUAAACCUCUGAUUUUCAUCUUAUUGGCACUCAACUAAAUAACAUAUUGUUACUUUAUUAAAUAAUACAUAUUUUUGAUUUUUAACAGUGUAUUUUACGUGACAAGUAUUUAUUUUUCUAUGCGUCAAAUUUGUUAGUUAUCAAAAUUUGUAGUGUUAUAAAAACUACCUGUAUGUUAAAUUACGUCAUUUUCGCGUCAACGGCAUGAAAUGUGCGGGCUCUGCGAGUCAAGCUAUUUUUCGCUCACCCGCUCUGUGCACCCGCGCCUGCUAGCGAACGCCCGCAUGCACAUGAAGCAAAAGGACCCUUCUCUGGUAGAAAGCCACAUCUUAUGGGCAGUUUCAUAUUUCUUUACUGAGUCACGUUGAUUAUGAUUAGUCCGUCAAUUGGCUACUUGACAGUUUUUUGUAAAUAAUGUCAAUCGAUCUUGAUUUUCCUGAGGAUCGAAUGUCUAUAUAGGACUCAUGGCAUUUAAGCAACACAAAGGUCAGAAAUGGGAGAUAAAGUCUGACGCUCGCACUCGGCGAUUGAAACGCCUCUAACAAAAUAAUAUUGUAAUGUGACGUCACAUUACAUUAGUCUCUCCUAAAUGUAUGGAAGAUCAAGAAAAUUGCUAUUUUGACCUUGAAAUAUUGCGUUUAUGUAUAUAGUUAUAAUACUUAUAAUACAACUUAUUUUUCGAUAAAAUUUAAGGAAUCGAAUGGUGCCAUUUUCAAAAAAUCUUUUUUUGAGACGUCGGAGCCUUGUAUUUUUUUAUAAUCUCAAUGUCUUUUUAAAUUCCACUUUUUUCAUAAUGGAUGGCCCAUUUUCUAUUCAUUUAACUAGCUAAUUUUUGUUGUAAUAUUCAACAUGUGUCAAGUACCCAAUUGUGGCUGGUGCAAGUGGCUUUAGGACGCAGUAGCACUAAUUUCUACCAAAACUCAUCAACGUUAAAUUAUGAUGGCGGCAGCUGACUUCCCAUAGAGAACUGUCAAACUUUUACAAGCAAUUUUCCAGCCAUAUGCUGCACUGUAAAAUUAUUUACACCCUGGGUGAAAACAUAUGAAUCCCCCGCCACGCUCAAGAUUGAAUGCCCCUCACUCGCUAUGUAUUGUUACAACAAUAUGUAUAUCUGUACUGUGGCUUAGGAUAAUAAUGAAUUAAUUAUUAUAUAUACUUAACCAUUUGUAACGUUCCAGACGAAAGGUAUUACAUCAGAUGUUAAUAAGGUCGAUAUUCAAUUUGUAUUUUUAGGCAAAUAGCUCCUUAUUGCCAACCGACGAACUGGUACAUUUUGUUUGAGAACGACUCAUUUUAAUUUAGGACAUUGAAUUAAAUACUUUUUAAAUAAA